GGACUUUUGUGUUUGGACUUUGAUCCGCUUAACAGGUUUUAAGUGGUCUAUUAACUUGUGUUCUGUUGCUCAUGUCAUUGUGCAUUAACAAUAAUUAAGAUUAUUUGCACCUUGAUUGUACCUUUGUUGCCUUAAAAAGCUACUAAAAAACAGAAAAUGCUUUGGAGAAGGAUAUCCAUUUCACCGCCUCUCUGGUCAUCUUUGCUCAACAACUUUACCAAGUCGAAUAUUUCCACUUCCUCCAUGACCAUGUCCAAGUUAGCUGGAAAGGUAGCCAUCGUCACGGCAUCGACGGACGGAAUAGGUCUCGCCAUCGCAAAACGACUCGCCAAGGAUGGAGCCAAAGUCAUGAUAAGCAGCCGAAAGGAAAAAAAUGUUCAAAAAGCACUGGAUACACUCCGAACCAAACAUGGAAUACCAUCGGAUCAAAUAAAGGGUCAAGUUUGUCAUGUUGGAAGUAAAGAAGAUCGAACAAAACUCAUCAGUCAAACUAUUCAGGAUUUUGGAGGAAUUGACAUUCUUGUAUCUAAUGCUGCAACAAAUCCUGUAAUGGGGUCGGCUCUUGACUGUCCCGAGGAUGCCUGGGACAAGAUAUUUGAAAUAAAUGUGAAGGCUGCAUUUCUUCUUACCAAGGAAGUCAAGCCUCAUUUAAUGGGAAGAAAGGGGUCCAACAUUGUCUAUGUCUCUUCAAUUGCUGGCUUUCAACCCUUUUCGGUCUUGGGUCCAUAUUCAGUGAGUAAAACAGCCCUACUGGGACUUACGAAAAUCAUGGCGCAAGAACUGGGACCUGAAAAUAUUCGUGUUAAUUGUGUCGCUCCAGGAAUUAUCAAAACUAGGUUUAGUUCCGCAAUAACGGACACUGAUGGUGUAAACGAAAAAAUGCUGGAAAUGAUUCCACUCGGGAGAUUUGGAGAGCCUCAUGAGAUUGCAGGACUUGUCUCGUUUCUUGUGUCGGACGAUGCAUCGUAUGUCACUGGAGAAAAUUACGUCGCAGCGGGUGGUCAACCAUCUCGUCUAUAAUUUAUUCCAGCAAACUAUGCCUACAAAUAAAUAAGUUUUCUUAAGAAAGUCUAA